AUGGAAACUGUUCAACCUGUCACCCCGCCGAGCUAUGAGUCUGUGACUCAUCGCAUUAAUACAGCUGGAGGGACUCAAAUUGAUUACAUUGGAGACGCUACUCAUGUGGUUUCUGGUGCUAGGCAUGCAUAUGCUGAAUCUGUGUCCGAGUCCUUCGUUACCGAGGACGUCGAGGACGAUAUAGCGCUUGAGGAUCCCGGAUGGGAAACGAAGGAUGCUAAUGACGCUAUCUCUGACUCGAAGAAGUCUGCGUCCCCUACGAGCUCAGAAUUUACGAUCCCUCGAUCCGAGUCAUCUGCAGUGAUUCAGAACAGCAACGCCGGAAUCGGAAUUAAGCUCGAUGCCUCCUUUUCUUCUGGAAAUCAGAACUAUCACUACAACAAUUACUCCGAUGAUAGAAUCAUGAAAACUAGUGGUACUCUCACCAGAUCACACAUAGGGAAUAUUUAUCAAUCCAGUGGAGGUUGCAUGCUCCAAAAUGUUCAUUUCUAUGGGAAUCCUAAUUUCAGGGCACAUGCUCAAGAUUCCAACACGGGAGCAGAUAUCCGGAUUUCGGGAGGUGGUAUCCACGUCAAUGAUAAUUUUAUCUACCUUCACCAAGGUUAUAAAGAGGCGCAGAUCUGCCAGUCCAUCAUCUUCUAUCUCACUUCUCAAGAUAUCAAACUUUCCAUACUCAGCACGAUGCGUGGAACAAUGCGCGCCACUCUGACUGCAGCCGUGGCAGCAACAGUUUCUGCCACAUCCCUCUCCGAUGUCUGCACCGUAUCCAACGUUCAAGCAGCCCUCCCAGCAAAUGGCACCCUCCUCGGAAUAGAGCUGAUCCCAUCGAGCGUGACCGCCAACAGCGUUUAUAAUGCAACUGUCUCAUCCAUGUUGACCACCUCUUCGGACACAGCUUAUAAUUAUUGCAACGUCACUGUAUCUUAUAUUCAUCCCGGGAAAGACGACAAAGUCGUGGUCAAGUAUGCUCUUCCCGAGCCCUCUAGCUAUGCCAACCGAUUCUACGUCGUGGGCGGUGGCGGUUACUCGCUCGCGACAGAUCCUACUGGUGGACUUCCAUACGGUGCUGCCGGUGGUGUCACUGAUGCGGGAUAUGAUGCUUUCUCUUACUCUUAUGAUGAAGUUUUUCUGUAUGGAAACGGUUCCAUCAACUGGGAUGCCACGUACAUGUUUGCUUAUCAGGCGCUGGGCGAGUUGACGGUUAUUGGCAAACCUCUAUCCCAAGGGUUUUACAGCUCUUCCGAUAAGGUCUAUACCUACUUUGAAGGAUGUUCGGAUGGUGGAAGAGAGGCUAUGAGCCAAGUCCAACGAUGGGGAAAUGAAUACGACGGAGUCAUUGCCGGUGCUCCCGCGUUCCGUUACGCCCAACAGCAAGUGAAUCAUGUCUUCUCCUCUGAAGUCGAAUAUACCUUGGACUACUUCCCACCUCCCUGUGAGCUAGACAAGAUCGUCAACGCGACAAUUGCUGCAUGUGAUCCUCUCGACGGAAGAACAGAUGGUGUCGUAUCACGCACAGAUCUGUGCCAACUCAAUUUCAACCUCAGCUCAAUCAUUGGCGAAUCAUACUACUGCGCUGCUGAGACUAGUACUUCUCUUGGAUUUGGGUUUGGUAAGCGCCAGGCCGAAGGCAGUACAACUUCCUACCAGCCUGCUCAGAAUGGAACAGUGUCUGCAGAGGGAGUUGCUGUUGCUMAAGCCAUAUAUGACGGCCUCCAUGAUUCCGAGGGCCGCCGAGCAUACCUUUCAUGGCAAAUUGCUUCUUCGCUAUCAGACGCUGCCACCGAGUACGAUAAUACAACCGGCUCUUGGGAGCUAGAUAUUCCAUCUACCGGAGGCGAAUUCGUGACGAAAUAUGUUCAGUUGCUGGACCUCGACAACCUCUCUAGCCUGGAAAAUACCACCUACGACACUCUUAUUGAAUGGAUGAACACAGCCUUUUUCAGAUAUCAAGACAGCCUGCAGACCACAGUACCCGAUCUCACGACUUUUCAGUCUUCAGGUGGCAAGCUAUUGCAUUAUCACGGUGAAUCCGACCCCAGCGUUCCCGCAGCCUCCUCAGUACACUAUUGGCAAUCAGUCGCCUCUGUGAUGUAUAACAGUACUUCCGCCAACGCGAGCUGGAGUGACUUGCAGAGCUGGUAUCAGUUGUACCUUAUUCCUGGUGCAGCCCAUUGCAGUACGAACACUCUACAGCCAGGACCCUACCCGGAAACAAACAUGGAGAUAAUGAUUGAUUGGGUUGAGAAUGGUGUGCAGCCAACGAGGUUGAAUACCACCGUUUCUUCCGGCACGUAUAAGGGAGAGACGCAACUGCUCUGUCAGUGGCCGAAUCGUCCCCUGUGGAAGGGUAACAGUUCUUCGUUCGAUUGUGUCUACGACCAAAAGUCUUAUGAUGCGUGGACUUAUACCUUCCCCGCUUUCAAGACUGUCGUGUAUUAA